AUGCCGUUCGGCACCUUCGUGAAAGACGACAAUCCCGUCGUCGCCACGUCGCUGGACUCGUACCUUGACAACCCAGACAGCCUGAGCUGGAAAGACCGCGCGUCGCUGCUGCCGAAGACGGACGAGUACCCAGGCUGGGAUGGCAAUCCGUCGAAGCUGUUGAAGUACUUGCAGACGAUGGACGUGUUCAUUCGCGUCAACCAGAUCCCCGAGAGGAUCCUCCUCGCGAAGUUCCGCUCAAAGCUGUCCGGCGAAGCCGAGCAGUUCUACAGCCUCCGAGUUGGCGAACCCCCCAUGCCCAACUCGUGGGAGGAGUGGAAAGACGCCUUCCGCGAGCGCUUCCUCGGCCGGAACUGGCAGCGAGAGAUGCAGGAGAAGUACCGCGCGAUGCAGUACACGGGCGAAGACCCCAACAGCUGGCUCGAGAAGUUCAUCAAUGCCAUCCGUUCCGUCCAGCCCAAUGCUUCGGGCGACGAGAUCCAGCAAGCCGUCCAGCUUCGCAUUCCCCAGCAGAUGGCGAUGAAUCUUGAAGCCCUCCGAGGCCGCCAAGGGUCCGUCUCCCUGACGCAGUUCAUGCGGAACUUUGAGGAGAUGGCGACCCUGCAAUUCCCGCAUGGCUUCAGGCGUAGCAACCCGUCUCGCAACCCGACGACCUCGGACUCCUCCUCGAACCGUCCGCGUCCCUCGGACCCUCGAAGGACCGUGCCCAGCUCUGGUGCCGCACGUCCCGCUCAGUCCGCCCCCGCAAGUCGUCCCGCUCAGGCCUCCGCAGGCGGAUCCGGACCAACUCCUCGCCGAUGUUACAUCUGCCAGUCGACGAGCCACAUCUCCACCUCGUGCCCUCAGAGGCCCGCGGUAGCAGCGUUGGCGGAUGGCGAAGAUGAGCAAGUAGCUGAGGAGAGCGAAGAAGCGGCGCCUGAGGAAGCGCAGUGGGAGUCGUCUGAUGAGGGCGAAGUCAACCACGACUUCAACAUCGAAGCGCUCUCCUCCGACUCCUACUACUGGCUUGAGAACUCGCCGGAGCGGCUUGAACGCUUUGGCUGGCUUGACUUGGCGUGUCGACCACCCACGGACUCGCUCAGCGCACCCGAAGCCGUCGCCCACCCUCUCGACUACGUCCUCGCCCUCGACGCUCCUCUCGGCUUCCGAGCGCUCGACACGGCGGUUCUGUCAAUCGGGCAAGGAGUCGAAGCUGCGACGGACGAGCUGGCAACCUCAGGCGCACCGGUGCUUGUCUCGACGAAGCAGGCCCUCCGACUCUCCUCGUCGGUCCAAACCUCGGACGCUCCGAUGCGAACGAAGGCAGUGAGGGCUGGACAUGCCCACACCACGGCGCUCUCGCUCACCACUCGCGUGUUGAUCAACGGCAACCCCGUCACAAUCUUCCUCGAUACCGGCGCCGGACCCUCCGUCGCCGACGCCCGCGCUCUCGACCAAGUCGACGUCGGCUGGCGGACAAGGCUGCAGCCUAUGCCUCACAAGACGUCGUUCACGGCGUUCGGCAGCAAGCUGAGCCCGCUCGGCGUCGUCAAAACAGCCCUCGUCUUCCCUCACCCGGCAGGCAACUUGCGCCUGAGCAUUGAGUUUGCCGUUAUCGAGACGGACGUCGCGCCCGUCCCGUUCAUCUUUGGCAUGGAUUGGAUGCUCGCUUACGGCGUCAACGUCAUGCUCGAGCACGGCCCGUACUUCACGAUCGGAAGAGCGAAGCAACGCUUCGCCAUCGCUACGAAGACCGGCUUUGCGCUCCCUUACGUCGACCCAGACGAGCUUGAGGCUUGCUCAAACCGCGCCACUGUCGCAGCCGUCACCGCAGGACGGCCCACGACGGAGCCAACGGAGUUCGAAAAGGCGCUCGCCCUCGUGAAGGUCAAUCCGGAGCUCAAGCCAGAGCAGCUCGACCUCGACAACCUUCCUCCGCGCAUCAAGCAGAACGCUUACCCAGCUUCGCCCCGCGCUCGCGAGGCAAUGAAGAACUGCGUUAACGAGUUCCUCGAGCUCGGCAUCAUCCGCGAGUCCAAGAGCCAGUUCGCUGCGCCUGCGCUCAUUGUCUUCCGUGGCGAAAAGGCUCGGCUCGUCGUCAACUACAAGGUGCUGAACUCGGUGACGACACCCGACGCGUACCCUAUGCCUCGAAUCGACCAGUCCCUGUACAGUCUGAAGGACUCGCUCUUCUUCUCGUCGAUGGACGCUAACAAGGGCUUCCACCAGAUCCCAAUGAACCCGGCUCACACCGACCGCACCGCUUUCUCGACUCCCUUUGGGCAGUACGAGUACCUGCGGAUGCCCAUGGGCCUUCGCAACGCGCCGGCCGAGUUCCAACGACGAAUGGACAAGCACUUCCACGACGAGCUGAGAGAAGGCUGGAUGAACGUCUAUAUCGACGACCUCCUAGCGCACUCUCACACGUUCGAGGAACACCUCGCCCACCUCGAGCGCAUGCUCGCUAUCCUCGAUGCGCACGGCUGGACGAUGUCGCCCGCGAAAUGCUUCCUCGGAUUCUCCCAGAUCCGCCAACUCGGCCACCGCGUCUCCGGCGUCCUCCUCGGCAUCGACGACAACAAGAUUGUCGCCGUCAAGACGUGGCCCGCGCCGACAACGGUCAAGGAGCUGCAGGUCUGGCUUGGCUUCACGGGUUACUUCCGUAAGUUCAUCCCCAACUACGGCGCCAUCACCCGCCCGCUCACGCGACUUCUCGGGAAGGACACGCCGUGGCAAUGGACGAAGGAAUGCCAGGAGGCGUUCGAGAAGCUCAAGGAUCUCCUUCUGAACGCCCCGGUCCUUGGUCAGCCAGACUAUCACCUUCCUUUCGAGCUCUCGACUGACGCUUCCGUCCGCGGUCUCGGCGGAUGCCUCGAGCAAAUUCAGCAACUUGACGGCGCUCCGCGCAAGGUUGUCAUCUGCUUCAUCAGCCGCCAGCUCAACGCAGCGGAAGAGAAGUACUCGAUACCGCAGCUUGAGUGUCUCGCCGUCGUCUGGGCGCUGGAGAAGCUUCACGUCUUCCUCGACGGCGUGAACUUCACCGUGUGGACGGACGCGGGCGCGAUGAAGACGCUUAUGGACAUGCAGAGCCCGUCGCGGCACAUGCUGCGCUGGCAACUCGCGGUGCAGGAGUACCGCAACUUCAUGAAGAUCCGUCACCGCGCCGGCAAAGCGAACGGCGCCGCAGACGGACUCUCUCGCUGUCCCUUGCCGAACGACGAGUCGAACCCGGCAGCGGAUCUCUCGACCGAGCCCGAACUUCGCGUCCAAGCGCUCUCGUUCGCGAUGCUCGACGACUCGUUCUUUGACGCAAUCCGCCAGAGCUACGCUGCCGACAAGGAUUUCAGCAAGAUCCACCUCGCCUUGCGUGAGUACGAGAAGGACCACAAAGCGCUCAUCGCUUCUCUUCCCUCGAAGCUGAAGGCUGACUUCGAGGCCGGCAGGUUCCUCCUCCUCGACGACCUCGUCUAUCGUCGGAAAGGCUCGCGCACGUCGCUCGUUGUCCUUGACAAGGACGUCCGCACGUCCGCGCUCAGCGCGUGUCACGACGAGGUCACGAGCGGCCACUUCUCCCUCGAGAAGACCUAUGCCCGCUUGCAGCCGCUCGUCUGGUGGCCCGGGAUGUACGACGACACGCUCGACUACUGCAAAAGCUGCGACUCCUGCCAGCGCGCGAACCACGCGACUGGGAAGCCGUACGGAUUGGCGCAGACGAUCAAGGAGCCGACGAAGCCCUGGGACAUUAUCAACAUGGACUUCGUCGGACCGUUCUCCAAGGGCGGGAACGCCCAGUACGACGCUGUUCUCGUUGUAACUGACCGCUACUCUCGCCGCUGCCGUCUCAUCCCUACCUUCACGGACGCCGACGCUCGCCAGACCGCCGCGCUCUUCUACACUUACGUGCUCAACGACGUGGGUGUUCCUCUCGGCAUCAUCUCGGACCGCGACAAGCUGUUCACCAGCGAGUUCUGGAGAUGCCUCGCCCAGCUGUGUGGCUACAAACUCCAGCUCUCGACCUCCUACCAUCCGCAAACCGAUGGCCUGGCCGAACGCUACGUCCGCACGCUCGAAGACUCCUUGCGACGCUUCGUCGCGUUCGAACCCGUCUGGACAGACGAGAGCGGAUUCUCGCACGACUGGACUGAGCUCCUUCCCGGGCUCGAGUUCGCGAUCAAUUCGUCGAGACACGCCACGCUCGGCAAGAGCCCCUUCGAGGUCGAGCGAGGCUACAUUCCCCGUUCGAUCUACAUGCUCAUGAAGAGCAAGAUGCCGUCUCUCUCGCUCGAGCCGGCGUCCGAGUCUUUCGCCAACAUGCUGCUCGCCUCGCAAGAGCGCGCUGCCUCGUGCAUCGCUGACGCCGUCGCAUACGCGCAGAAGCGGUGGGACGAGAAGCACGUCGAGCCGCCAUUCGAAGUUGGAGACGAGGUGCUUGUCUCGACCAAGCACUUCCAGUUCAAGGGCGAGCGCAAGCUCAUCCCGCCCUACGUCGGGCCGUUUGCCGUGCUCGAAAAGGUCGGACCAAACGCCAUCCGCGUCGCCUUGACGGGAGAAUACGCGAGGAAGCACCCAGUCUUCCCCGUCUCUCUCUGCAAGCCUUACCACCGCACCGAAGCCGAACGCUUCCCCGGCCGCCGCGAACCCGCUCCUCCGCAACCCGACCUCGUCGACGGCGUCCCGCAGUGGGUCGUGGAGAAGGUGCUCGACCAGCGCGCCGUGAAGCCAAGGCGAGGGCAGAAGGACAAGACGAGGAAGAAGGAGUUCCUCGUCAAGUGGGAAGGGUACCCGGAGAAGUACAACCGUUGGGUACUCGAGGACGACCUCCAGAACGCGAAAGAAGCCUUGCAGGACUACUUCGAGUCUCGCAGGCUGUCGAAGCGUAAGGAGGAUGUCGAAGAGGAGGAAAGGCCGAAACAAGCGACCUUCGCAAACGGCGAAGUCCCUCUCGAGGCGACGCCGCACAUGUACACGCGUUCGCGUGCACAGAAGUCGCCUUGA